GUUCGGGCGGCUCCGCUCCGUUCGGUCGGCUGCCGUGUCGUUGCUCCGCCGCUGUGCCCUUCUAUAGGCUGCUUGCUGCACCCCUCGUUAGCCGACCUCGCAACAACGGCAGGCACCGCGCCGGCGAGGGCCGCGGGCGAGGGUUCCGCCAAGUACCAAAAGUUGCUGGACGCCAAGCGCUCGGAGCAGAAGGUCGAGCCCCCGUUGCAGCAGCGGGUGGGGACGGCUUUCGCGGAGUUGCGGGCGCUGGAGGGCAAAUUCAGCAAGGCGGUAUCCUACUACGAGCGACCCCAGAUGGACUUGGAUGCCCAGCGCCAG